CAUUCCUGGAAUGUCACUUGGAACGGCCUGCUUUCCUACCAGUCAUUUCCCGAAGUAAUGGGAUACCAAAUUACUUAUCAGCUAGUGACAAACCAAAGGAAAUCUUCUGAGGGCAAUGUUACACUGAAAGUUAACAGCAACAUCACAAAUAUUAAGGCCGAUAGUCUGCGGAUGAAUACAACCUAUUGCGUUAGUGUCCUCGCUUACAACAAAUAUGGUAAUGGUGAAAUUAAAAACUGCACGCUGGUAAAAACGGCUUCAGGUAACGCUUGGAAGCUUAUUGUGAUAACGGAAAGUUUUUAACAGCUGUUAAUGACUGCUACCAUCGCGUCUUUACCUUAACGAGUUCAUCGGUAAUAAGGAUAUUAUAUUUCUUCUUGGGAAAUCUGGAGAAAUUUUGUAAGGUUUUAAAAUAACAAUUUUAAUUGUUAGGCCUGAAGUGCCCUCGAAAACACUUAAAUUAGGCAGUGGACCACUCUUUCUGCUGAUUGGUUUACCGGUGUAAUAAGUCUCGUGGGAUGUUCGGCAACAGUAAAUUUUGUAAAUCACUCUCCCCCGGCUCCCCAGUAUCCCAAGUUGGUUAUUACGCAGGUGAGCCGGUAGAAAUAGCGGUAUUUUCCUUUUAUAGAAUAACCUCCAAUGGGUUUACUAGUGCAAUGAAUGAUGGACUUUUGACAAAUCAGAUGCUUUUAGCAUCUCGGUUAUUUCAUAGAAAAUAAAAUAGAACUUAUGGGGAUACUUUUCCUGGAAAGGCACAUUUCAAACGCCGUCGGUAUGCUGUAUAAGAACUUAAAAAGGUGACUUUGGUAAAAGGUUGGUCAUCGGUACAUGGUUAUCAGACAGAAAGAAUUUGCAUUCAAAGUAUGAAGACGAAAGGGUAAACGUUGGAAACAAGGAGCUUAGUAUUCAAUACGGAGUGAUCAAAAACUUUUAAAAGCUGCCUUGAACCUUAUUUUAGAACUAAUAAAAAUUUGUUUUACUUUUUUCUUUGCAAGGCGACUGUUUACCAGGCUGGACUCUUUUCGAAUCACAUUGCUAUCUUCUGUUUAAAGAUGAUCUCAAAAGUUGGUCCGAUGCCGAGAUUGACUGCCUGAAUCAUAAUGCAAACUUGCUCUAUAUACUCAGCGCGGGGGAAGAAGAGUUUCUUUACUCACAAAUGAUAAACUCAUCAUCAAAUAUUGAAGUGAUCUAUAUCGGAAUCAAACACAAUGGUGGUGAACAUGAAAGGUUUUCAGUUUGGAGUAGCGGACACGAGGUUACUUAUACAAACUGGGAAGAUGGUCCAGAAAAUGAUGCGGAUAACAUUUCAAUCAUUACAUCUUCCGAUGGAGAUGCUUGCGCGAUAAAGGAUGUCGGAUUUAACGGCAAGUGGAGGAAUGGUGCAUGUUCGAAGCGUCUUCCUUACAUCUGCAAACGGAAAGGUAUGACUUUUAAAAAUAGUCAAAGGUUAGCAUUUACCAGCAGUGGCUCAACUAAAGCUAUGAUCCUUGCAGGUGUCCUGCAAUCUAAAGUUUCGCAGAAAAGAAGCCCGCAAAAAAUUCAGGCUUAGACGGGAUUCGAACCCGUGCCUCGCCAGGAUGGACAAAGUUUCUUCAGUAAUGCCCAACUUUUAUCCUCCUGCAUUUCUAUAAGCGAUGAGGUCGGUGAACAAAAGAGAAAAUAAAAAAACAAAGAAUUUGAUGAACUUUCUGACUGAUUUCCUAGGAUUGCACCCGAACAUUUAUUGCUCGGACAGUCCAAUUGGACUGGAAACAGGGACUGUUCCUGAUAGAGACAUAACAGCAUCAUCAUAUUUAGACUCCAAUCCUCCAUCGGCCGCUCGGCUGGGCUCGCACGUGGGCUGGUGCCCACUGAAUCUAAGUGAAGUCUUCCUACAAGUUGACCUGGGAAGUGCAUAUUACAUCUGCGCAGUAGCAACUCAAGGUCACUUUGAACAAGGUUUCGGUCGUUUGGCCCGUUACGCCAUCUUGUUAUCAUUAAAUGGAAAGAACUGGACUGAAUACGAGCAGGUAAUGACAAGCAACUCAUAA